AGAGAGAGCAGAUCUAUGGGAGGAGGAAGAGGAGGAGGGGUGUUGCAUGCUCACGGAGUGUGACAGAGAUAGAGCGGUUUCAUGAGCGAGAAAGAGACACAGAGGCAGAGAGGGAGAGCACAAAGCAAGGGAUGGGGAGCGAACACUGAGCUAGAGGAGGUAGUUGGCAGGACUGAGAUCUGCACACAAACGUGAGCAAAGGAGGAAGGAAGAGGAGGAAGAAGAGAGUGGAGGUUGAGGGAGAGCAGGAGGAGAAGAGGGGUGGGUGCAAGAUGAUGGAGCCCAGAAAUAGGCUUCACAGGACAGCUUUUCAUCCCCGCUCUCUGCGGCAGACAUGACUCUGGGCAUUGGACUGUGCUGAAAUUAGCCAGGGGGACAACACAGGACAGCAGGUCUGCAGCGCACUGCCUUGGUUCAGCCUCACUGGAUGCAGCAAGGCAGCUGAUUUAUUACUGAGGGGCUGGGUGGCAGUGUGUUUGCGUGUGCAGCUUUGAGUGUGUUUGUGUGUGUGUGUGUGUAUGCAGGUUUUUAUGGGUCCUUGUAGCGCUCGGGGCUGUGGAAGCGACCAUUCCUCCAGUCACAAAAUGACAUUCAGCAGGCAGGAGCUUUGUGUGCUGCUGUGGAUCUGCAGUCCUCAGUAGGAAGUGGGAGAGUGGGAUUCAGAGCUGUCUUCGAGCACAAGAGUGUGUGUUUACAGUGCUGUUCUCCGAGGUGAGCCAAGGAGGAUCAGCUAUAUGCGGUGUGUGUGUUUAGGUUAGAAUAGCAAGGGUGCAGCAAAAAGCAAAGAUCCUACACAAUGCAAGGACGAGCGCAGAGCAGCACUGAUGGCAGGCAGUGCAGGUAAAGUACAAGGAGUGCCCUGGGGGUAGGGUGGAGGACGAAGGCAGGGGACGGAGAGAGGGAAGUGGAAAAGAGAGGGUGAUCAUGGCUGUCAUGCAGUGAGCUAUAGCAUAUGCUGUAGCGCAGAGCAGAGUGGUGCGGCAGGGGGAGGACAAGCAUCACCGCACAGGGGGAGGAGGAGGAGGAGGAGGGGGGGGGGAAGACAGAGGGGGAGAGACUGAGGGACGAGAGAGAGAGUGGGGGUGGGGGGGGUGGUGGGAGGCAAUCAGUUCAGCACCUCUCCUCCAGUAGGAGGAGGAGAAGCACAGCGGGACAGGCCCAGGAGAAGACUCUGCUCACACUCAGUCCAAGACGCAUUGAUGAGCGGCCAGGUCAACGUGUAGAGGUCAGAAAGGGGAGCUGGUGCGGGACGGGGGUUGAGUGUAAACCCCCGGCUGGCAAGCAGGUCCACAAGAGAGCAGGCCGGUCCUGAGAAGAAGAAGAAGAAGAAGAAGAAGAAGACGAAAGAGUCCACCGGAGGGGUCAGUCCCCCCCUCCCCAAAGUCCUGUUUCUUCUAACAGCUUUGCCACUUUUCCAUCACCAUGGGAGAAUGGACCAUUUUGGAGAGGCUGCUGGAGGCAGCUGUCCAGCAGCACUCUACCAUGAUCGGAAGGUGGCCAGAAAAAGGAGACGAAAGGGAUGUCCGUGUUGCUCUGUUUCUGCUGGAUUUGAUCCUGCUGACAGUGGUGGUGAUCUUCCGUAUCCUGAUAGUAGGCAUAGUGGGCGAGAAGGUGUACGAAGAUGAGCAAAUCAUGUUCAUCUGUAACACCAUGCAGCCCGGCUGCAACCAGGCCUGUUACGACAAGGCCUUCCCCAUCUCGCACAUCCGCUACUGGGUCUUUCAGAUCAUCUUGGUGUGCACGCCGAGCUUGUGCUUCAUCACGUAUUCUGUUCACCAGUCUGCCAAAGCACGUGACCGAAGCUACUCUCUCCUGCAUCCUUACAUGGAUCACCAUGGUCAUGGUCACCACGGUCGUGGGCAUCACGACCAUCACGCUCGCAAGCUCCACUCUCGCAACAUCAACGGCAUCCUGGUGCACCCUGACAGCAGUAAAGAGGAUCACGACUGCCUGGAGGUCAAGGAGAUCCCCAACGGACCGCGGGGUCUCCCUCAAACACACAAGAGUGCCAAAGUGCGACGGCAAGAAGGCAUCUCGCGUUUCUACGUCAUCCAGGUGGUGUUCCGCAACGCGCUGGAGAUCGGCUUUUUGGCCGGGCAGUACUUCCUGUACGGCUUCAACGUGCCAGGGAUGUUCGAGUGUGAUCGCUACCCAUGUGUGAAGGAAGUAGAGUGUUACGUGUCCCGUCCCACAGAAAAGACCGUGUUUCUGGUCUUUAUGUUUGCAGUGAGCGGCAUAUGUGUGCUACUCAACCUGGCUGAGCUCAACCACCUUGGCUGGAGGAAGAUAAAGACGGCCAUGCAAGGGGUGCAGGCCCGAAGGAAGUCCAUCUGUGAAGUGCGCAAGAAGGAUGUUUCACACCUGUCCCAGGCCCCAAACCUGGGCAGGACCCAGUCUAGUGAGUCAGCCUACGUCUGACAGAGGCUUCUCUGCCUGGGGGCUCAAGGACCUCUUAAAUUUUGGAGAAGAGCUAUUCCCUGGCCCAGGACCCCCGAUCAUUAGGGCACAAGACUCACCACUGCAUUAUUAUUCAGGAGCACAGACACAGACUCUGUGGUCAUGAUGAAACAUCAAGUCACAACAUCUUUGACACUUCAAGAGACAAAAAUCACCUUCAUAAAAAGGCAACUGUGUUGCUGUAACAAAGCUUACACCUAAAGCUUACAUGAUGGAGAGUUCUGCUCUGCCUAGGUGACACUAGGUGCCUUCAAAGAACCCAACAGAUAAAACUGAGCAAUUACUAAUAAUCUUAAAAUACUGUAAAGAUAGUCUGAGGUUUGAAUUAUCUGAAGUUCUUCAUUAUUUGCCUUUGCUGUAGAUCAGAAAUAAUCCCCUUAUUUUCCAGUUAUGUGUGCAUAUGCAAGAGCUUAAGCUUGUGCAUGCAUACGCAUGUGUGUGGGGGAAAAAAAGCCAAUAUCUGACAUGAGUCAGAAAAUUGAAUGCUAAGCUAAUUUGAGCUACUGGGAGAAAGAUAAUGUUAUUUCUUAUUGUCCGUAAUAUUCGAGUAAAGUCACUUGGUGGACGAACAAGCACCUUUUUGAACUAUCAGCAUAAACUGGAACACAGUACUCGAUGUCAGUGUACCAGGCUUCUUUCUUAUAACAAAUGUCACCAUUCUUCACUUUCUUUGUUGCAUUAGGUGCCAAUCAGCAACAGACUGAUAUUACCCGGGAGCUUUUUGUUCAAAAUGAGACACACGGUGCAUUGAAGAGUUUGAUUUACUUUCCAACACUGUGUUACGCACCGCAAUGCUCCCAAUGCCUGCGAGGCACGCUGUUUACUCUCAGACGCCGCUAAAAAACAGUCAAGAAAAGUGUGCCGGUGUUUCCACUUUGUAAUGUGUGAUCACUGUCUUAGGGGGACGAGUGGAGUUAUGUAAAGAAUUUUUUUCAGAUAAACAGGAAAAAGUACUGUAGUCACAAAUAUUUUAACGUGUAACCUCAAGCUUUUUUUCACAAGCAAGAUUUGGUGCCAUAUUUCAAAGUUACUGUACAUAGAUGAGAUGUAAUAAUAUUACACUUAGCCUUUUCCCUGUGCGAUAUAGAUGGGCUUCACUUGGAUUGGAUUGGGGGAACAUGGGUUUGGGUGGUAAUGAAGAUUAAUCAUAGAUUGCCAGCUUUAACAAUAUGUAUUAUUAAUGUGCUCUUUGUUAAGCCUUCACCCUCUAAUGGAGACUAUAUGUUCCAAAAAGUGUUUUCCCCCCUUGGACAUUGAAAAAGGCAUGUUACCGAAGCAUUAAUAGAAUGGAUAGAUUAUGACAUGUAACUUUAAAAAGAGACUGUUUUAUUUAUUUGCAUCCUGCUCCUGUGAAAUGUAAUACUUAGCAUGCAUGAAGAUGAAAAAUAUAGAGAUAUGAACAUAGAAUCCCACUGUGGGAAUAUUGAAAGUGAAUACCUGAAAGGCUCCAGAACUGCAGCAAUAAUAAUAAUAAUAAUAAAAAUAUAUAGUAUGUGAAAAAAAAUAUGUGAAUAAAUUAUUAUGCAA